AGUACAGAAUUUUUUAAAGAAAGUUGCGAGUUGUGACGGAAUAUAAACUAUUAUAAAAAAAUUAAGAAAUCGGCAGAAAACUUUGUGCAACAACAAAAGCGGGAAGUGUGAGGCAGAAGCUGGUGCUGUGAUUAGUGAAACUGGAAAAGGUUUCUGAGUGCAGCGGGCAGUAAACAAAUUCCAUAAAAUGUUUAAUGUUCUUCAACGCCUGUUAGGCGGAGAUACACCUCCAAAUAAAGUACUCGAAAUCAGAGGCGAAUCAUUGGGAAGUUUAUUAGUGAUUGGACGGGAUGAAGGUAUGGUUCUUUAUUCGCCACCCUUCAAUUCCACAGAUAAGAAAGCAUGCUACGAAAUUGUGCUCCAACGGCAUGUCAAUGAUCCCGCCAAUACUUGCUUUAGCCUGUUUCGAUCGCCCGCACAACAGGAAGCCGAAGAUCGAUUCAACGCCUUCGUACAUCGAUUGCCUGUGUUUGUAACUAUCGUCAAAGAGUUCUACAAUGUUAAUGGUCUGCAAAAGGUAUGUGACGCCUUAGCAGAGAAUCCCUCGUGGUCACUGGCACACUUGGUCGCUUAUUUUAAUCUCGUUGAUUACGUUAGUAAUCCGAAAGUGUUGGAAUUCAUCGAUUACGCUGAUCAUGUACAACUGAUGUCACCGUUUCAGCUUGCCAUAAAAAGUGGGAACAUCGAAAUGGUCAAGACAUUGUUGCCGCUUUGUAAAAUGGAACAUUUAGAUAACAACAGUAAUUCUGUAUUCCAUUACGCCGCUAGUACAACAAAAGAGAUUAUAAACUUAUUAACCGCUAAAAGCACGGUGAAUCUCAAUCACAUCAAUUCGGAUGGAUUUCCACCACUACAUUUGGCCUGUUUAUCGGAUAAACCGGAUUGUGUUAAAGCUUUACUAUUAGCCGGCGCAGAUGUUAACUUGAAUGCCAAAAAUAUGAGCAAAAUAUACAAAACAAGUACGCCUACGUCUGUCGCUGAAUUCCUGAAAACCAAUGCCAAUAAACUGUAUACACAGGAUAUGAAAUUCGGUGGUACUCCGCUGCAUUGGUGUUCAUCGCGCGAGACUUUACAUGCACUCAUUAUGCAAGGAUGUGAUGUCAAUGCCACCAAUUUUGAUGGGCGCACCGCUUUGCAUGUGAUGGUUGCACGCAAUCGCUUUGAAUGCGUUGUUACGCUCCUUGCUCAUGACGCUGAUAUUGAUGUAUUCGAUAAAGAUGGAAACACAGCUUUGCACAUAGCCAUCGAAAAAAAAUUGGUUCCAAUCGUACAAUGCCUAGUGGUAUUUGGUUGCGAUAUAAACAUUAAAAACCAAGAUGGCAAGACACCGCGUCAUAUGGUUGGGAAUGAUCCUAAUGGCGGCAAGGAGAGUGAAAUUCUAUACAUUUUACAUUCAGUUGGAGCUAAACGUUGUCCAGAUUCAAGCUUGAAAUGUCCGUCUGGAUGUAAUGCUAAAGGCUCGUACAAUGGUAUACCGCCCGAGUCUCCUGAGCGCGUCGAACAACGUGAGCACAUUGAGAACAUGCUGGCAUCAACUAGUCGUCAAGCAAUGGAUGGACUUUUUGGUUCAUCGUCUAAUGGCAGCGCUGGUACUGUGGAACCGACUGUUAUCAUUGAUACGGAAAAAGAGCAAAAAGGACAAAGUAUUAUGGAUGCUUUACUCGGAAUGUUUACCACAAAAGUAAAUACUGACAGCAAAAAAGAGUCGCCCAGUAAUAGCUUGGAAGGAGAUGGCAGUGGGGAUGCCAGUGCAGCUGCUACACCCACCACACCAGCUUCCAUCGGCAGUGAUUCUAGCAACAAAGGCGAAAAACCAUAUGCCCGCGGACGCUUAUUGUGCCUGGAUGGGGGCGGUAUACGGGGCCUGGUACUUGUUCAAAUGCUACUCGAAAUAGAAAAACUCUCACAAACGCCAAUUGCUCACAUGUUCGAUUGGAUAGCUGGCACUAGCACUGGUGGCAUUUUAGCACUGGGACUCGGUUGCGGCAAAACAAUGCGUCAAUGUAUGGGCCUGUACUUGCGCAUGAAAGAACAAUGCUUCGUUGGCUCACGUCCCUAUCCUAGUGAAUUGUUCGAAAAUAUAUUAAAAGAUAAUUUAGGUCAGUAUACAGUAAUGGCCGACAUUAAACACCCAAAAAUUAUGAUAACUGGCGUUAUGGCUGAUCGUAAGCCGGUGGACUUGCAUCUAUUUAGAAAUUAUCAUAGCGCAAGCGAUAUUCUAGGAAUUGUUACGCCAAUUAAUAAUCGCCGAGUACCACCACCUCCUCCAGAAGAGCAACUGGUUUGGCGUGCAGCUAGAGCUACUGGUGCAGCACCCUCGUAUUUCCGCGCAUUUGGCCGUUUCCUCGAUGGUGGGUUAAUCGCUAACAAUCCAACUUUGGAUGCUAUGACAGAAAUUCAUGAAUACAAUAUGGCGUUGCGUAGUGUUGGUCGUGAAAAGGAGGCAGUUCCGGUUUCAAUUGUAGUCUCUCUAGGCACUGGUCUGAUACCAGUAACCGCACUCAAAGAUAUUGAUGUAUUCCGCCCUGAUAGCAUAUGGGAUACUGCCAAAUUAGCCUAUGGAAUCUCAACAAUUGGUAAUUUGCUUGUUGAUCAAGCGACGGCUUCCGAUGGUCGUGUUGUUGACCGGGCACGCGCUUGGUGCAGUACCAUUGGUGUACCAUAUUACAGAUUCAAUCCACAACUAUAUGAAGACAUCGCUAUGGAUGAAAAAGAUGAUCAAAAACUGAUUAAUAUGUUAUGGCAUGCCAAGGCCUACAUGCACAAUAAUCGUAACAAAAUAAUAGAAAUGAUCAAUUUAUUGAAAUAGCACAUAAGAAAGAUUUAGACCGCAACUAAUUUUUCCAUAAAAGCAAAUAGCUAUGGAAAAGAAUCGAAUAUUGUUAAUUGUUCAUGAAAAGUAUUAAUAAAUAAUUUAGUGCAGUUGGUUCUUCACAAAACUGGCAUAGAAAUUAUUCACUGGAUUGAAAGAAAGCGGUCUAAAAUAUGAUAAUUUAUACAAAAGUGAUAUUAAAAAUUUCUGCAACACUUAAAUAUAUCUACAUAUGCAUGUAAACAUUUAUGAAAUAUCGAAAUAGAAUAUGAUACCGUAGCUAAAUAGCUAAGUCCAAAGUGACCUCCACAAAUAUUCACAAAAAAAUUCCGACUAACAGACACUUGAUAGUUCAGUGCUUGUUACAAAUAUGACAAUAUAUUUUAAAAGUACACCAUCUACCAAAUCAACUAUUAUACCAUCAAAUAGUUAAACAUGUAUGUAUAUAUGCAUGUGUAAUAGAUUUUGAUAUAAAGAUAAAGAUCAUAAGCAAAUUUUACCGACCGCCUGAUGCAGAAUAAUCGCCUAGAAUUCACUCCUGUAGACGUUUCGUGGAGCUUAUAUCGUAUGCACAUACACAAAUAAUCAUGGCAGUAUAUAUGUAUAUAGAUAUUCACUGUUUACAAAAAAACGAAAGGAUUCGAGCUAAAACUGUUGAUCGGUCUUUUUUUUUAUGUAUACAUAUCCACAGUACUGUUUUUUUAUAUUCUUUUUGUUCAAGAAGUUUUUAAAAAUAUUUAAAAUACGUGUUUGUUUUUAUUUGAGUCGGAAGGCAAUCUAAACUUUCUAUUUUUUAUAAUUAACUAGAAAAGUGUGCACUUAUCAAGAUACAAGUAUAACUAAAUGAAUCCUUCGCGAACCAUUUGAAAUUCGACAAAAUAACUUAAUUUCAAAAAUGUAUGACCAAAAUGUCAAUAAUAAAAAAUUGCAUCAUUUAUAAUUAUAUGUAAGUCUACAUUUGUAAGUUCAUAGAAAUUUGUCGGUAGUUUGCGGAGAAUUCACUUUAACUAAACAAAAUAUGUACAGAUAUUCUCAAAUUUUCUCAUCGGGCGUUUCCGGCUUAUAUAGACUAUUUGGCAUCUAAAAACUUGGAAACAGUUUCCUAGAUAUUUUACAUGUAUUUUCUAUGUUUGUUAACUGUUUGUCGAAGUGUUUAUUCAAGAGGUUUUAAAAACCUAUUACCAACAUAAUCGUAUGUAUAUUUAGUACAAUAUUAGAUCACAAUUAUUUUAAAAUCACAAACAAAUUGAAUGUGAAACUAAUAAAUGUUAAAAAAAGUAAAUAUGUGUGUAUAAUAAAUGUGCACGUGAUGAUACAACUUAAAUAUUAUUCUAUUAGUAAUAAAAUUUCAUACUUUGUUGUAUUUAACCACUUUAGUUGUAUUG